AUCACAGGGAAUACAAGAGGAUAACUUUCGCAAAGUCUGAUGUACACGUGGCGCUUGAUCCGUCCUUUUCAGCUCAUAUAUAUGGAACCGUGACAUUGGCAGGUUGCUUCAAAAAUCCAAUGGAUUCGGGAGAGGAAUCAGAUGAUGAUCUCGGCGUCGGUGACGGUGAACGUUCCUUACCCGAAGAAUACCGCGCCUUCUACAAGCGUGAAGUUUCCAAGAGCGAGGGCUUUGAUGUUCCCGAAAUCAUCGCCGGCUACCUUUACAAUUUGAUUCAACCACGCGACCUCGACGACAUCUACGAAGAAUGUACUCAGCUUGCAAUCGACGAAUACAACCGUCGCUUCGCGGAGACAAAUGCAAAGCUGGAGCUUGUCAAGGUUUCAAAAGUAAUGGCUCACCUUUACGAUAAAAUGAGGUAUUAUAUAACUUUUGAGGCCAGGGACUUAGCCGAUGGAGGCAAGACUAAGACCUACCAAGCAGUUGUGCGAGACGCUAUACCUGGAAUUUCAGUGCUGUCUUUCAGGCUAAAACCUGCUGAGGAUGAGCAAGUCGGUUCAGGAAACCAUGGGAAAGAAUGGAUUUGGGAAGGCCAUCUCGUUAAUGGUCAUUUACUUGCUGGAGGUUGAGAAGAUAUUCAGAGGUGACAUGCUUAUGUAUCGGAGUUUAAGGAGGUUGUCCUCAAUGGAAGAAUAUUACUUUGUUUUUAUUUGGUUUUUGUGAUGUUACAACUUUCUCUGAUUUACUUAGAAUUUUGUUUUCAAAUUUAUUUUAAAUUUACCUAUGGAUGGCUGCCAUGUUUUCAUUUAUGUUCUUGACAUUAAGGGGUUGUUUGUUAAUACCUUUCAUCUUAUCACA